UCGCCCCGACUGCGAAGCGGGCCGGGACCCGCCGGGCCACACCGGACCGGAGCCCGGGGGCGAUGCGGCUGCUGCCCCUGCUGUGGACUGUCCUCUGGGCCGCGCUCCUCGGUUCCCCGCUGCGGGGAGGCUCCGGCCUCCGCCACCCCAUCUACUGGAACUCCAGCAACCCCAGACUGCUUCGAGGAGACGCCGUGGUGGAGCUGGACCUCAACGAUUACUUAGACAUCUUCUGCCCACACUAUGAAAGCCCAGGGCCCCCCGAGGGCCCUGAGACCUUUACUUUAUACAUAGUGGACUGGCCAGGCUACCAGGCCUGCCAGGCAGAGGGGACAAAUGUCUUCCUGCGCUGGAAAUGCUCUAUGCCCUUUGCCCCCCUGGGCCCUGUGCGGUUCUCCGAGAAGAUUCAGCGCUUCACACCCUUCUCCCUGGGCUUCGAGUUCUCGCCUGGAUACACUUACUACUACAUCUCGGUUCCAACUCCCGAGAGUCCUGGCCAGUGCUUGAGGCUCCAGGUGUCCGUCUGCUGCAAGGAGAGCAGGUCCGAGUCAGCCCAUCCGGUUGGGAGCCCUGGAGAAAGUGGCACAUCUGGGUGGCGAGGGGGUCAUACUCCCAGCCCCCUGUGUCUCUUGCUGCUGUUGCUUCUCCCAAUACUGCGUCUUCUGAGAGUUCUGUGAGCCAAGCAGAUCCUCCCUGACACCCCAAGGAGCCAGAACCCUCCUUGCUACCCCUGCACUGGGAAUGCCAUACCAGACAGACAAGAUGGAGCCUUGAUGAGGGAAAGGAGGAGGGUCUGAGGUGACCCCCACAGGUGCCUGAUCCCACACCGCAUGCUGAAGAGGAGCCACAGAGGAGCUGCAGUUAAGGCCCUGGGCGGCUCCCGGGAGCGGAGCGCAGGCCUGACACACCAAGGCUUUGGGCAGCUGCUUUCCUGGUCUCAUCCCCUCUCCAUGGGAGACUGGGAUUUGGGGGUGGGGGGAGGCGAAAUCAACUCCUCUGGCUACUGGGGCCGAGGCUGAAGACCUGGGGACAGGUGGAUUGCUGGUCCAGGGCAAAGGUGAAGAAGUCCUGCCUCCUGUGCCCUGUGAACCUCUUCCCAUCCCAGGGGCAACACUCUCCCCCCCCCCCCACCUCCCC